UCGUGGGUGGGUGGGUGGGGGUGGGGGUGUGGUGCUCCCUUCCCUUGUAGUUCUCUUUCUCCCCAUGGUUGGAUGAUUGGAUCGACAUCGACUUCCAGACUUCCAGUGGCAAGGCAGCCCUAGCCCUAGCCAUGCCGCCCGCCAGCCUUGUCUCCUCCCCUCCCCUCGCGUGCUGCCUUCAGCUCCAUCGACUCCUCCGCCCCGCCGCCCUACUCCCCUCGCCACCACGCCUCCGCCUCCGCCUCCGCCCCCUCCGAGCCGAUUCCUCCCCCUCGCCAGACGCCUUCGCUGGCUGGUCGGAUGGGGACGAACAAGACGAACAAGACAAGUCCCCUGGGCCAUUUCGAGGGCUUCUAGGACCUGGCCUUGCUGGACUCUUCUUUCUUGCUGGCCUCACCUUCGCUGCAAUUUCUUUCAGAAGCAACGCCGCAAAUGGACCUAAGGCACAAAUCGAUACCUCGUCUACAAACAGUCAGGAGGCACCUUACUCCACUGAUAAUACCUGUAAAGAGGAUGGUCUCAAGGAUGCUCAAGUUUCGUUACCAAGUGAUAGCAAAGGUGAAACAAGCUUGGAUGAUGAAGCACAUAGUAGCACUGACCCACUGCCUGUACAAGUAAAUGCCACUGCGGAGGGAUCAACUGAACAUGAGACACAGCAUCCCUUGCAAAACAGUGAGCUAGUUCCUCCUGACAAAUAUGUUCCUAGUGAGGAUGCAGGUCAAGCGCACAAUCUCGUUGCUUCUGAUGGGGCUGAAAGCCUGGUGUCUCCUUUGUCAAACUCCACGGAACCUUCCAUCGCUGCUUAUGACUCGCCUGACAAACUUUACGGUGUAGGUCCCUCUGAGGGAACUCCUUAUGUAGAAGAUACAUUAAACUGCGAAAUUACUUUGCCAGAAAACCAGCAUCUGGGUGAAACCUUAACGUCAGAUACAAUGCUAGGUUCAGGUGAUGCUUCGCUUAUCCAGGAAAUCUCUGACACUGCAGCUUCAUCUGAUGCAAAGGACAAAGAUACUGAGCAGAAUCCUGAACUUCAUAGAAAAAAUGGGAUUUCACCAUCAAGAAUGCCUGAUUAUACAGAAUAUGGACAUGCUGAUCAGUUGCUUUCAUUUGGUUCAAAUGAUGUGUCCACAGAAGCAAAUAAGCCAGGAAAUGGGGUGGAGACUUUAGCAUCCAAUCAAAAUGAAGGAGCAGACGAAUUAGAAAACCAAAACAGUUUAUACGAGUCUACAACACCCGACAAAUCUUUUGCCUCUUCUGGAAUUCCUGCUCCCACACUGCUCUCUGCAGCUUUACGGGUGCGUACUGGACAGAUUAUGGUUCCAGCGGCAGUUGACCCAGCCCAGGCAAGCGCAUUGGCUGCACUACAGGUCCUAAAGGUGAUUGAACCUGAUGCCCAAGCUGGUGACUUAUGUACCCGACGAGAAUACGCUCGAUGGUUGGUGGUCGCAAGCAAUUGUCUAUCCAGGAACACUUCCUCCAAAGUGUAUCCAGCAAUGUAUAUUGAGAAUGUGACUGAACUUGCCUUUGAUGAUAUCACACCUGAAGAUUUUGAUUUUCCAUUUAUACAAGGCUUGGCAGAAGCUGGGUUGAUUUCCAGCAAGCUUUCGAGAUCUGAUAUGAACGUUCCCCUAGAUGUUGACAAUUUGCAUAAUUUGUUUUCUCCGGAAUGUCCUGUGUCACGUCAAGACCUCGUGAGUUGGAAGAUGGCUUUGGAUAAAAGGCAAUUACCUGAAGUGGACAAAACUUCUAUGUACAAAGCUUCUGGAUAUAUGGACGUUGAUAAAAUAAAUGCAGCUGCUUGGCCCGCUUUGGUGGCUGACUUGGAUGCUGGAGACCAGAGCAUUACAGCUCUUGCAUUUGGUUUUACAAGGCUCUUCCAGCCGGAUAAACCCGUGACGAAAGGACAAGUGGCUCUUGCACUUUCAACUGGUGAUUCUGCUGAUGUGGUUAUGGAGGAGCUUGCUCGUAUUGAAGCAGAGAAAAUAGCUGAAGAUGCUGUAAAUGCACAUGGUGAACUCGUUGCUCAGGUUGAGAAAGAUCUGAAUGCCACUUUUGAGAGAGAGCUUACAAAGGAAAGAGAAAAAAUAGAGAGACUUGAAAAGUUAGCUGAAGAAGCUAGGGUUGAAUUGGACAAGUUGAGAGCAGAAAGAGUGGAAGAAAAUAAUGCUCUGAUUAGGGGCAGAGCUUCUGUUGAAUCUGAAAUGGAAGUUCUCUCAAAAUUGAGGAGUGAAGUAGAGGAACAGCUGCAAAGUGUGCUGAGCAAGAAGGUGGAGAUCUCGUUUGAGAAGAAUAGGAUUGAGAAACUCCAAACGGAAAUAGAGAAUGACAGACAGGCUGUUGUGCAGCUUCAAUAUGAACUUGAAGUUGAGAGGAAGGCUUUAUCAAUGGCCCGGGCUUGGGCAGAGGAUGAAGCAAAGAAGGCCAGGGAGCAUGCCAGGGCCCUUGAGGAAGCCCGGAACCAAUGGGAGCGUCAUGGAAUCAAGGUUGUUGUUGAAGGAGGGCUUGAAGAUGAUGCAUCAGCUGGAGUCACAUGGGCCAAUGCUGGCAAAGAACAUCAAGUUGACGAAGCAAUUAACCGAGCUGGGUCUUUGCUGGAGAAGCUGAAGUCAAUGUCUGCUGAGAUAAAAGUCCGGUCUUGCCAUUCCCUGGAGAGAGUAAUACAGCAUGUGAGGUCUUUCAUCUCAAUUCUAAAGCAGGGAGCAGAAGAAGCAACGCAGCGAUUUACAGAUCUAGGGGCUGCUGCAGCUUUGAAGGCAAAGAAGUUGUCAUCCGAAGCACAGGACAAUGUCUACGUGUUUGGUUCAACCAUUGGGGAUAAGUCGAAGAGGGUGGUGGAGGACUGCAAAGAGGGCCUGGAGAAGUUUGUACACAGAUUCAAGACAGACUAGCCAGUAACUAUUAGUGUCUACACCAACAGUUGAUAGUUCCUGUCAAACUUGAGAAAGAGGAACCGUAUUAGUUUCUUGGAAUAAAUUCCUCCAUGAGUGCUGCUGCUCAGGUGUGGUGGACUGGUGGUGUUGUAAAGUAUUGAAACUGAAACUAGCACAGAAGGUUCCAUAGAAUAAGCCUUGUUCUGUAAUGUAAUGGAAUCCAAAAAGAGCAAGGCAGACAGUGAGUCUCCUUGAAUGUUACUUAGACACAAAUGCGAUCACUCUUCGGAUUCCGAACGAUCCUCGUUUUUUUUCUGAGCAGGAAAGAAAUGCUUUAAGCUUGUAAGUUCCCAAUUAUGCUGCUUCGCGUCUUUUUGAGCAAUGCA